CUCUCACGAAGGGCUUGCCAACCCAACUCUCACCAUGGGCUCCACACUGGAUACAAAAAGUCUUGACAAGGCCUUUGAAGGUCGCCCAGAUCUUCAAGCAGCGAUUCGAAAGGCUGCCGCGGGCGGACCUCAUUAUAUCGAACUCUUCAAUCAAAUAUCCCUUCACGUCUCCAGCCUCAUCCCCCCUUCUAGCUUGGAGCCUGCAUCGAAAAAACGACGACUAGAUGAAGAGCUCACAAGUAGGCCAGCCUCAAAUGGCACGAAUGGAAACACAAAAUCUGCUCCGUCUGCGACUGGGGCCGGCGCAGCGUCUGGCAACGAUCCUGUCUUGCUCGAAAUUAAGGAUAUAUCUCUCGUCAUUCCACAAAGAAAGAAGUACACACUCUGCUUCACGUCGUCGCAUCUCUAUGCACGUCUUCCGGAUUCCAAAGAACCUAUUGCAGGAAUAAGCUACGCGUGGAGUGAUAUUGACUAUGCCUUUUGCCUCCCUGUUCCAGAAAAGACGCAAAAGCAAUACAACUACAUCCUCUUUCCCAAAAACUCCAUAAUCACACCUACGCGCCCUGCAGCCGGCUCCUCUCCAACCCCUGAACCCAUCGUCUUCACAAUUCCCGACAGCGCCCCAAAACCGGACACGAUUAGCGGUCUUGAGGCGGUUGCCGCAGCUGCAGUAUCUGAUGAUUUCAAGACGCUCCUGGACUGGCAGAUAACUGCCCGACUAAGAGCUGCUGGGAAGAGUAAUUUGAAAAUUGUGGAAGCAGAUGUUAAGCUUUUUGCUUCAGAGCAAAAGCAGGCACAUAGACCUGGAGAGAAGGCAGUUUUCGUCAAGGCAUUCAGAGGAUCGAAGGAUGGAUAUCUGUUCUUCUUGCCAAAUGGCAUAUUGUGGGGAUUCAAGAAGCCGAUGAUGUUCUUGCCACAUGAACGAAUUGCCGCUGUAUCGUACACGAGUGUUUUGCAGAGGACUUUCAACCUUUCCGUAGAGGUGGAUAUGAGUGUUGCUGGUGGAGAGGAAGCUAAGGAAGAGUUCGAACUCUCCAUGCUGGAUCAAGAGGACUUUGGGGGAAUCGACGGGUUUGUGAAGAGGCAUGGGCUUCAAGAUAAGAGUAUGGCUGAGCAAAGGAAGGCCAAGAGGCUAAAUGUUAAUGUGGUGAAAGAUGAGGAUGGGAAUGUCAUUGGUAAUGCUGAGGCUGGAGAGUUGGAGAAAGCUGCUAUUGAGGCCGAGCAAGAAGCUAUGGAUCUUGAGGAUGAAGAAGAGGAAGACUACGAGCCUGGGAGUGAGGGCGAGAGUGAAGGUUCUGGUAGUAGCAGCGAAGAUGAAGACGAAGACGACGACGAAGACGGAGAAGGCGGGGGCGAGGACAGUGGAGAGGAAGAAGACGAGUUGUGAUCUUGAGUCUAUGGGAAUGUAUCUCCAGACAGCGUCCCCUGAGUCUGAUGACCUAGGAAAGGUGCUCUAGUCUACGCCAGACGACUGCUUCAUCCUUACAAGAGAGUAGAUUGAUGACAUUCAAUAGGAAUAGAUAACACAUGGUUGCCGACUUACAAACUUGCGAACUGAAACUUGUCAGGUGAUAGUUCUUCCCUUUCAAUCCAGCCAUGCCUACUCGCAUCAUCUAACCAGCUAAUUUUGGAAACGUAUUCGUUUGUUCCAUGGAUGAAGCAGAAUUUCAUCUGUCGGCUCAAAAUAGAUAACUC